UUCACCCACACAGCGCACGGCACGGGGCAGUAGCCUAGGCGAUGACCGUACCCUGCAAUUCAGCAGCAUUGCAUUUUACUGUACUUUUCAAUGUAGGAAUAAUGAAUAGCCUACAGAAGUUUGGAUAAUUAAUACAGAACUCUGACCGAUUGUUGACCUUGGCAUGGCGCGGUGACAUGGAAGGGACAAAAGCGCACAUCGCUGCAGGGGCUGGAACUGCUGCUGGUUCAGCCGUGAGAGAGACGGACACGACCGGGGGAAUCGCCGGCUUCGGAUAAUUAUGCUGCCGCUGCUGCAACGACAACUGAAGGCACCCGUCAACCGAAGGCUGUCAUCAUUUUGUGUUUGUUUGUCACUGGACGUUGAGACAUGUGGAAUGGCGCGUUCGGAAAUGGGUCAGGUUUGCGUAGUGGAGGUGGGGGCGGGUACGUGCCAGCGCAGGGCUGGGAAUUCGUUCCCUGCUCCCGGGUUGAAAGAGAACGAGAGAGGGGCAGGGGGAAGAGUCGCAGCCCGCUCAGGACCUUCUCCUCCCCGCCCGCAGUCACUCAGUUCUACGAACAGUCUCAUUCUGGAACUGUUGGAUCAUCACUGGAGCUUCCUCGGGGGCGAGUUCGGGCGCAUGGGCCAGGGACUCAUCACUCUCGCCUGAAAAAGAAAUUUGAGGGCUUAAAGAAACGCCACGGACAGGAUAAGGAAGAAUGGAUACGAGAGAAGGAGAUACUUUUAAGACAAGUUGCUGAGAUACAAGGUGGGGAGAACAGAAGGAUUUUGUUGGAUCUGAAGACAGUAGUGGAGGAGGUGCAGCUAGAGGUGAAGAGAGAGGAGUCUAAGAGGAGUCAACUACAGCUGCAGCACACUAAGGACACGGGAGCAUGGGAACUGGAGAGAGCUGAGCUGAAAUGCAGAAUCGCACAGUUGGAGGCUAGAGGAGGUCCUGGCGUGGAGGUGGGGCUGAGAACUCAGAGUCCAGAGCCCAGGGAGAGUCCUCUACAGCAGGGGGAAAGAGAGCAGCAGAGGAGGCUGCUGGUUGACACCCACACGGCCGCCAUGGACGUACGCUGCCGGCUGGAGCUCAGCGAGAAGGGCUGGGUCCGGGAGAAGUCUGAACUUCUGGAGAGAUUCAACUCUGAGAGGAAGGAGUGGGAGAGCCAGCUGAGAGACAUGCAGAGGAAGAUCGAGGAGGUGAGAGGGCCCCAGCCCCCCCCCGGCCCACUCCCAGUCUCAGCCCUGGUCCAGCACCAACAGGAGGAGGAACUCAAGGAUCCUCUGGAGGAGGUGAUGGAUACCGGGAUACCCAGGCACUGCCCCUGGACACUCCCACCACAGCCAGCUGACCAGCUCCUACAGAGAGACAAGGCUAACAUGCAG